AUGUUAUACGUCAGCCUGUCAGAGGAAACACGACCACGGCCCCCCAGACGACCACACCUCCCCCAGACGACCACACAGACCCCACCCGCCCCCACAAACCCCCGCCACGCCCCCACCGCCCCAGACCCCACCAUGGACCGCCCCGUAAACCCUCGAGGCCUAAUCAUGGCCCUCCAAAAAGGCCCCCAGACCGAGCUAUGGCCCCCACCCAAGGCUCCUUCCCACUCCUAUGGCCCACCCCUAAAGCCCCUCUCCCAGCUAUGGCCCACCCCUAAAGCCCCUCCCUCCUAUGGCCCCCACCAAAAGCUCCAUCCCCAGCUAUGGUCCACCCCUAAGCCCCUCCUCCUAUGGCCCCCACCCAAGGCUCCUUCCCCCUCCUAUGGCCCACCACCUAAGGCCCCCUCCUCCUCCUAUGGGCCACCCCCUAAGGCCCCGUCCCCGUCCUAUGGUCCACCUAAAGGUAACAGUGUAAUCGAUGACUCAGGCUAUGGUGGGUCUGGUGGGUCUGGGGGUGGGUCUGGGAGUGAGUACAGUGGCCCCUCCCCCUCCUCCUCCCCCUCCUAUUCCCCUCCGGACACGGGGUAUGGUCCUCCGAAGGGCGAUGACACCUCCUUUGAGCCAGUCUUCCCGCCCUUCCCUUCCUUUGAUGAUAUUGCUGACUUCGGGGACUCCUUCUCUCCGCCUUCCUAUUCUCCUCCUUCUCCCUCCUAUUCUCCUUCUCCCUCCUAUUCUUCUCCUUCUCCUUCUCCCUCUUACUCGCCUCCAUCUUCUUAUUCUCCUCCUUCUCCUUCUCCUUCCCCAUCUUACUCCCCUCCUUCUUCCUCCUAUUCCCCUCCUUCCAACUCCUACUCAUCUCCUUCACCUUCUCCCUCCUACAGUGCCCCUCCCGCCCCGUCACCAAGCUACAGUGCCCCUCCCGCCCCGUCACCAAGCUACAGUGCUCCGUCCCCUGCCCCGUCGCAGAGUUAUGGUGCUCCUCCCGCCCAGUCACCAAGCUACAAGUUAUGGUGCUCCUCCCGCCCCGUCACCAAGUUAUGGUGCCCCUCCCGCCUCGUCACCAAGCUACAGUGCUCCGUCCCCUGCCCCGUCGCAGAGUUAUGGUGCUCCUCCCGCCCCGUCACCAAGCUACAGUGCGCCAUCUCCUGCCCCAUCACAGAGUUAUGGUGCUCCCCCGGCCCCGUCACCAAGUUACAGUGCGCCUCCCGCCCCAUCACCAAGCUACAGUGCCCCGUCCCCCGCCCCGUCGUAAGUUACAGUGCUCCAUCCCCUGCCCCGUCUUAUAGCUCACCAUCUCCUGCCCCAUCACCAAGCUACAGCGCACCUCCUGCCCCGUCACAAAGCUACAGUGUCCCGUCCCCCGCCCCGUCACCAAGCUACAGUGUGCCAUCACCCGCCCCUUCACAGAGUUAUGGUGCCCCUCCUGCCCCGUCACCAAGUUACAGUGCUCCAUCCCCUGCACCAUCUUACAGCUCGCCAUCCCCUGCCCCGUCACCAAGCUACAGCGCCCCACCCGCCCCGUCACCAAGCUACAGUGCCCCAUCACCUGCUCCGUCACAGAGUUAUGGUGCUCCCCCCGCCCCGUCACCAAGCUAUAGUGCCCCACCUGUCCCGUCACCAAGCUACAGCGCCCCAUCCCCUGCCCCGUCACAGAGCUACGGUGCUCCCCCUGCCCCGUCACCAAGUUACAGCGCCCCACCAGCCCCAUCACAGAGCUACAGUGCCCCAUCUCCUGCCCCAUCACAAAGUUACGGAGCUCCCUCUGCCCCGUCACCAAGCUACAGCUCACCAUCACCUGCUCCAUCACCAAGCUACAGUGCCCCUCCCGCCCCGUCACCAAGCUACAGCGCCCCUCCCGCCCCGUCACCAGGCUACAGCGCCCCUCCCGCCCCGUCACCAAGCUACAGCGCCCCUCCCGCCCCGUCACCAAGCUACAGCGCCCCUCCCGCCCCGUCACCAAGCUACAGCGCCCCUCCCGCCCCGUCACCAAGCUACAGUGCCCCGUCCCCAGCCCCGUCUGUAAGUUACAGUGCACCAUCCCCUGCCCCGUCUUAUAGCUCACCAUCUCCUGCCCCAUCACCAAGUUACAGUGCCCCUCCUCCCCCGUCACCAAGUUACAGCGCCCCUCCUGCCCCGUCACCAAGCUAUAGUGCCCCUCCUGCCCCGUCACCAAGCUACAGCGCCCCUCCUGCCCCGUCACCAAGUUACAGCGCACCUCCCGCCCCGUCACCAAGCUACAGCCCACCAUCCCCUGCCCCCUCACCAAGUUAUAGCGCACCUCCCGCCCCAUCACCAAGCUACAGUGCCCCUGCUGCCCCAUCACCAAGCUACAGUGCUCCUCCUGCCCCGUCACCAAGCUACAGCGGCCCUCAGCCUCCCUCCUAUGACAGCACGUUCUUCCGGGAUGACUUUGUACUGCCCUCCCUCUCACAGCUCUUUGCAGACGACAAAUGGGGUGAUAAGGUGAAGAAUUGAGCCCCCCCACAUGCCCCAGCCAAGGCUUAACACUUCACCAGACUUGUACAGGUUUAAUAUCCUUGCUUCAACCCCGCCGUGCCGCAGAAACACUCCUCCAGCAGGUCUAGAGAGGUGUUCUGAGAUUUUCCUGAAGCCGUAUUAAAAAACGCUCUGCUCUCUCACCACGAUAGUUUUCCAAGGCCACUGAGAUGAUUAUGCCGGGUUCUCAAGAGUGUUUGUCCUGUUAAUAAUGUGGAGAUGUUGUUAAUCUAUCGCCAGAACUAUAAAAGCACCCUUAAGAACUCGUGUAUAUUCAGCUACAUAGACUUAAUCCUCUUGAAAGAAUAUUGGAGGUGCCGCCCGGGUGUUCAGAAUAUUGUCUUGUAUUCCUUGAUAAAAGAAACAAGGAUAUUUUGUGUGUUUGCGUGAUAUGAUUCGCCCAUGCAUUCAUAAUACUCAUCUGUGUUGUUAAUAAAGUUUUCUGCAUA